AAAGGUCCAAUACUAAGGAAAGUGAACAUUUUAAUUUCUUUUAAAAAGCACAGAAACUAUUUCAUUUUAUUGGAAAAUGAAAGUUGGUAUGUAGAAAUUCGAAAUAAAUCGCAGUAUAUGUACAAUUAUUUUUCUAUGAAGUAUGAAGAAAGUUAAAAAGACCUGGGUGUCAUUCUGUCGAUUCAUUGGAAUUUCAACAUAAUACACAUACAUUUCUUUGAGUUCCAAAGACCUUCUGUAAAUUUUGACCUGCCAAUCUUCAUUAUUUAGUGUCUUGCAGAAGUCUAUGCACUGGCUAUGAAAAAAAUUGCCAACUCACUUUCCCUUAGUAAUGGACCUUUAAGAUAUUGACCAUACCAUAUAAAGGAAGAUAAUCAGUCAUCUAAUUAUGAAAUACGAAGGGAUAAAAUUUUAUAUUAAAUUCAUUGUUUCAGUAUUAAACUAUAAUUAAGCUGAUUUGCUUUCAAGCUUAUAUCAAACCGCCACAGCCACCAAGACAGCAAGAAUGUUUCAAGCUGCUGAUAAUUCCCAUAAUGCAUCUUUGAAGCUGUCAGAGGUUUUCAGUGAUAUUGGUGUCAGUGAGAGACUGGUGAUGAAGAGGAGGAGGAUGGUAUUGUUAAAUGAAACAAUGGCGACCAUUUCUUACAGACUGCUUGGCUCUAAUUUAUCCAGCUAUAGUUUUGGUAGUCAGUCGGAAGGUUCGACAUCAAUUGGACUCCACUCUGAUACUGAUACGCUCGUGUGCAAUAAAGCUUACCAUUUGAUACAGGACUCGAGGGAUUGGCAGCCUGACAGAAUGAAUCUGCUGAUGUUUCAGGACGGCACAACUUCACCUGGUUACUGUCUACUGCAAUAUUUGAUAACUAAUGAUCCAUUAGCCACGCACUUGCUUGGACAAGUUUUUGACAAUGUCAGUCGAAUUCUGUAUAAAAGAGUCCUGGGAAAUGUCAUCGGAAAUGUAAUUGACGGGGUCUUUGGGAAUGAAAUUCAAAGAGUCUUAGGCUUUGGAUAUGACAGAUUGUUUUUUACAGAUAGAAGAAGAAGACUCCUGAUGAAGAACACGUUUUUAAAAGAUAUGAUUCCUCGAGGAAUGGUAUUUAACGGUCCUGCUAUAUCACGAUUAGAAAUGUUGGGAUUUUCUGAUAUUGACAGUGUCACAGCAUUCCAUAGUAGAUCAUGGCCUGCGCAAGCCCAGCCCUGGUUAUUGAGACAAGGUAUAGGAAAAUGGCCUACAGAAGAAAUAAAAAGAGAGUCUGAAGCAAGUGGAUGUUUUGUUGUACCAGUAGGUGGUAAAAGUGGUAGAAAGGAGGAACUUGAAUGGAGAAUAUCUACUUGUCUAGCUGAGAGAUAUCUGAUGUUUAGUUUGAAUAUUACACAAAUAAGAUGUUACAUCAUGAUGAAGAUGAUUCUUAAAACCUUCAUGAAACAUCAGUGUAAUGGCAUCAUAUCAAGUUACAUGUGUAAAAAUGUUUUAUUUUAUCAAAUUGAAAACAUUAAUUCAAACGAAUGGCAGGAACACAAGUUACUUAACCGGUUAAUGUGUUGUUUGGUUGCUUUGCGGAACUGUGUAAUAAAAGAAAAUUGUCCACAUUUCAUAAUACCUGAAAACAACCUAAUGGCAGGAAAAAUCUCCCCUCAAAACAAACCAAAACUACUCGCAGUCCUACAGUUUGUCAUUCAAAGUGACGCUUUGGCGUUACUAGAGAUUCCUAUAGAUGACCUUGGCACGAGAUUUCUUGUAAAGAUGAACAUACCAGUGUAUUCGAAUCGCCGACAUUACCUGACCCAGACUGCAGUUUUCUCUGAAGUUUCAGCACAACUUAUACAUGCAACCGGCGCGUAUAUUGGCAUUCAUCUUUUUAGUCUUUUCCAAGUGAUUGGUGGUAAUGAGUUGGCGCUUCUUGAGAUAAGAAAGAUCUUAUUUACUCUGUUAAACAUAUACCGGACAAAAGAAUUCAAUGAACUGGGAAAAGCCGUGUGCCGACUUUUUAUUCCACUGUUCAGUUCUGCUCUAGGAUCUAUGAUUGCAUCCAGUGAUAUUCAAACUAACACACCUAUAUCUUCAGAGGCACUAGACUGGUUUUCAGCUGGAUUGGAUUCAGAUGUCUCAUCAGGCAGACUAAAACUUGCAUCAGCAUUAUAUUGUUCAGGAGAUAUGGAGAAGGCAGAGUUUGUUCUUAGAAGUACCGAAGAUAUAUAUGACACCAGUACAGUUGAACCUAUCUGUGGAUGCCAUGGACUUCAAAGACAAAUUAUAAGAAAGGAAUUCGUCAACAAAUGUAGCACUGGCAAUGAAGAUCUCAUUAAACACGUCGUAGCAUUUUGUGUAAAAGUCAUGCCGUGUGAGAUAAACUGUUGUCCGCAUGAACUGCAGUAUGAAAUAUUUGGAUCUACGCCAGAAGACAUCCUAUACAGACAGGCUGUUGCCGAUUCCCUCCCUUACCUCUACUUCCUACAGUACAAAGUUUAUGGCUUCCUUGAUAGACCAGAAGGUCAGCAGUGUGCACUCGAACACCUUGCCGCUACCAUUGAUACAGAACCCCUCUUAGGCCACCGAGAAACAGCCCUAAAUUUAUUGGGGCAAUGUUUGGAGCAGGAAAACAGAUACUAUGAUGCUCUUUGCUGUUAUAUAAACUCUCUGAAUAUCCGUCCAAGAAACAAUGUCGCGAAGAUACAUAUAUGUAGACUACUUAAUAGUUUAGUAAACAGUUAAGUCAAGCAAAACUACGGUGUUCCGUUUAGACCAUCGAUAUUUUUUAUUCCUGGACCCCAUACCUCGAAAGUCGAAAUCACAAAACUAAAGUCGAAACCACGAUGGUGAAAGACGAAAUCAGAAUGGCGAAAACACGAAACACCACGAUGAUGAAAACGCGAUAUCAUUUCGCAUUUUACUUUCAUGUUUUCAUCAUCGUGGUUUCGACUUUCACCAUCAAUCUUUCGACUUUCAUCAUCUUAGUUUCGACUUCAACCAUCGUGCUUUCGACUUUCGAUUUUUCGAUGGUGAAAGUCGAAACCACGGUGAUGAAAGUCGAAACUACGAUGUUGAAAGUCGAAACUACGAUUACGAAAGUUGAAAGUCGAAAACACGAUGAUGAAAACACGAAAUCACGCUGGCAAAAAUGCGAAAUGAGAUCACAAUUCUAUUAUAGAUCUAUCACUCGGGCUGUGCGAUAGAUGUGAGAUGUGAGAUAGAUCUGUAUUAUUUCUUAAUAAUAUCAACAGAUUGAUAUAUAAAAGUUUCAAUAUGUAUUUUCGUAAUUGCGCUGUUACAGAUUGAUUAUAUAUCUACAUAGAAUCUAGAUCUAGGGACACGUGCAACAGUAACUUUGGAGCAAAAUAUAGAUCUUUUCUUUUUGGUUUCAUUAUACCGAGAAUGCAUUGUUGAUAGUUGAUCCAUUUAUUUAUUUAUUUAUUUUUUUAACAAAUUUUAAAGUUCCGAAAUUCCAUUUUUGUGUUUUUAAAUUUAGCGAGAAAAUUUAAUCAAAAUGCAUUUUUCUUCAAUAUUAUAUCGAUGGCCUGUUAAUAUUCGUAUACAUUGCAAAAGAUAACUGUGAAAAUGUACAUGAAAUGAGCAUUGUUAUCACUAACUUCAUUACGACUCUAGCUGAAUUUUCUUCAGUAUUAAAAGCAAGUUUACUGUCAAUUCCUAAACGUUAACUUUAACGGCGAAGUUACUAAAUGACACUGUUGCAUGGUCAGCUUUUAACGAGAAUUUGCAAGAAUUUUCUCCCUUAAUUAUUGACUGUGUUAAAGCAAUUCCCUUCAAACUGGAUUUCCUCCCUUACAUUAGCUCAAGUCGUGUCAUUCAUUACCUAAGUCAAUAAUUCUUUGUCAUGGAUUUUGCAUUGAUCUAAUACAUGUAUUUUGCUUUAGGUAAUACACGGAAAUAAGGCUCGCAUGUUACUCCAUAGAAAGCAACAAAACAUGUAGCCAGUUUUUUUUAUAUAAAUCAUGUUGUUUUAUAGAUUCAUAUAGAAGUAUUAUUCAUGUAAAGAUAUAAAACAUUUCUGUAAAAAAAACACUAUGUUAGCUUAUGGUAUUGCUAAAUUCGUGCUGUCAUGUAACAGAAAAUGAAAACAUUUAAAUAAAUUUCUUUUCUUUUGAAACUUUGAAUCCUGCGAACAUUGAAAUCCGAAAAUUAGUUCAUAAACGAGCUUUCCCACAAACACAUGUAUACAUAAUAGUUUUCCUCGAGAAAAACGAAACUUGUGUGAAGAUACGUGUAUUCCAUUUUGACUGAUUGUUCUUGUCCAUAUAACGGUACUUUUGUUUAACUUUCAUGUCUAGAAGUUUGCCUUUUAAAACAUGGUAUUGCAAUAAAAUAAAGUAAUAAACUAAACAAUACUGUAUUUGACAGGCAAUGGCAAAGAAAAACCCGAGCAAUUUAACAAACUUAAAAAACAUACAUGUUACUAAAACACGCGCACACAUGUUUUAUUUACUGGUCUUGAUCCAAGGUUUUCCAUAGAAAUCAAAGAAAGAAAGAAUCUAUUGAAUUAUGAAUCAAGUUUCUGAUUUUUUCUGAUCAGCAUUGGUGUACGUGUAUCAUAGAGAUCCUAACUCAUUUUUUUAAACAAUUAGCUCUGAUUCAUCCUGUCUACUUAUUUAUAGUGUCUAAGUUACUUGAUUAUACAUAAAUCAAAUAUGCCAUUCAGA